CCUCGCCCCCCCGCCCCCCCCUUAUCCUAUCUUCAAUACUUCACCUCAAAAACUCAAUUACACUCCACCAUUUCCAUUUCCAUUUCAUUUGCAUGGCUACCAAUAUUUCUUAAGCUCCCUUCCUUUCUUUUUCUCCAAAAAACACACCAAAAACACACACACACACACACACACAGUUACACACACAAAAAAAAAAUGGCGCCGAAGUCGAGUAAGGGAAAGGGAAACAAAUCCAAGAAUGAGAAGAAGAAGAAAGAAGAGAAAGUUGUACCUAGUGUUCUUGAUAUAACCGUCAUCACCCCUUACGAAACUCAACUCGUUCUCAAGAGCAUCUCCACUGAUAAGAUACUGGAUGUGAAGAAGCUGCUGGCUGUUAAUACCGAAACAUGCCACCUCACUAACUUUUCUCUCUCUCACGAGGUUAGAGGAACGAAAUUGAGUGACAAAUUGGAGGUUGUUAAUCUGAAGCCAUGCCUACUGAGAAUGGUUGAAGAGGACUACACGGAUGAGUCACGUGCGGCGUCCCACGUGCGGAGGCUCCUCGACAUCGUCGCGUGCACGACGCGCUUCUCCAAACCCAAGGCCGCCGGCGGCGGCGGCGGGACGGAAACUCGUCCCAAAAAAAAUAGUAAAACUCAACAGGUCGCUGCAGCGGCGGUGUCUCCGGAUGGAUUGUUGCAGUCGCCGGAAACUCCGCCGCCGGCGAUAUCAGGGAGUUACGAUAUGGUGGCGAUCCACCCGAUCCCGAAGCUAUCGGAUUUCUACGAGUUCUUCUCUUUCUCUCACCUCUCUCCACCCAUACUACAUUUGAAAAGAGUAGAAAGUAAAGUUGGGGAAACGCAGCGGGAUGGUGAUUUUUUCGAAAUGCAGAUAAAGAUAUGCAAUGGAAAGUUAAUACAAGUGAUGGCAUCAGAGAAAGGGUUCUACAGUUUAGGUAAACAGUUUUUACGGAGCCAUUCUCUGGUGGAUCUUCUGCAACAGCAAAGUCAAGCUUUUGCCAAUGCAUAUGCGUCUUUGAUGAAAGCGUUUGUUGAACACAACAAGUUUGGUAACCUACCAUACGGUUUCCGUGCCAAUACCUGGCUUAUCCCUCCUUCGAUUGCUGAGUCAGCAUCACAAAACGUGCCGCUCCCUACAGAGGAUGAGAACUGGGGGGGAAGUGGUGGGGGCCAAGGAAGAUUAGGACAGUAUGAUCGUAGACCAUGGGCAACAGACUUUGCAAUAUUGGCAAGCUUACCUUGCAAAACCGAAGAAGAGAGAGUUGUUCGUGAUAGAAAGGCGUUUUUGGUUCAUAAUCUUUUUCUGGAUGUUUCCAUUUUUAAAGCUGUUUCAUCCAUUCAGAAAGUCAUAGAUUCUGCUGCUAAGGCUACGUCAGAGUUUCCUCUCGGAUCCGUUGUGCACGAGAGUCAAAUUGGAGACCUCUCUAUUACUGUCAAAAGAGACGACGCAGAUGCAAGCUUGAAAAGGGAACUGAAGAUUAUUGGCAGUAAAGGCUUGAAUGAAUCUGCCAAGGAAGUUUCUCAGAGAAAUCUGCUUAAAGGAGUAACAGCUGAUGAAAGUGUAAUUGUACAUGAUACUUCUUCUUUGGGAGUUGUAGUUGUAAGACACUGUGGCUACACUGCAACAGUGAAGGUUGUUGGAGAUGUAAAAAAGGGAAGGAGCCUUCUACAAGAUAUUGAUAUUGAUGACCAACCAGACGGGGGGGCCAAUGCACUUAAUAUUAACAGUUUACGAGUGCUGCUUCAUGAGCCAAGUGCUGAAUCAUCGGUCAGAGGCCAAACUGAUACGAAGGAUCUGGUCCAGAAAGUAAUAAAAGAUAGUCUGACAAUUCUUGAUAGUAGUCCAGCUAUAGCAGAAAGUUGUUUCAGAUGGGAACUCGGUUCUUGUUGGGUACAGCAUCUUCAGAAGCAGGAAACACCAGCAGAUAAUAAUUCUGGUAGUCGUAAAGAUGAUAAUAAGGUUGAGCCUGUGGUUAAAGGACUUGGCAAACAAUUUAAACUGCUAAAGAAAAGGGAAAACAAAUUAGCGAGUGCCAGUGAGAAAGAAGAGGAGUGCCUAAACAUGGAAAACAACAUGGCGGAGAUAAAUAUCUACGAGUCUAACAGUGAGUUGCUGAAAUAUGUUCCUGGUGACGCCUUCUUACGCUUAAAAGAAACUGGGAUUGGCCUUCAUACAAAGUCGGCGGACGAACUGGUCAAGAUGGCACACGAGUAUUACAAUGAUGUUGCUUUACCUAAGCUGGUCACAGACUUUGCUUCACUUGAACUUUCUCCAGUUGAUGGUCGUACGCUGACUGACUUCAUGCAUCUUAGAGGGUUAAAGAUGUGUUCAUUAGGCCGUGUGGUUGAACUUGCGGAUAAGCUUCCUCAUAUACAGUCUCUUUGUAUUCAUGAAAUGGUUACACGAGCUUUUAAGCAUAUCCUUCGAGCUGUUAUUGCUUCUGUUGGGAGCAUGGAUAACAUGGCUACUGCUAUAGCCACAACAUUAAAUUUCUUGCUCGGGUCUUGCAAUGUCAAAAGCAAUGACCCAACCGAUCAAAUUCUCAAAUUGCACUGGUUGCGGGCCUUUUUGGAGAAAAGAUUUGGUUGGAAACUGAAAGACGAGUCCCAACACUUACGAAAGUUAUCAAUUCUCAGGGGACUUUGUCACAAGGUUGGAUUAGAGAUAGUCCCUAAGGACUAUGAUAUGGAAAGCUCCACUCCUUUUACGAAGUCUGAUAUCAUCAGCAUAGUGCCAAUUUGCAAGCAUGUGGGGUGCUCUUCUGCGGAUGGUCGAACUCUACUAGAGUCAUCCAAGAUUGCACUUGACAAAGGGAAGUUAGAAGAUGCUGUCAAUUAUGGGACAAAGGCUCUGGCGAAGAUGAUAGCUGUUUGUGGUCCUUAUCAUCGCACAACUGCAAGUGCUUACAGUCUUCUUGCUGUUGUUCUGUAUCACACUGGAGACUUUAAUCAGGCGACUAUAUAUCAGCAGAAGGCAUUAGAUAUCAAUGAGAGGGAGCUGGGCCUUGACCAUCCAGAUACAAUGAAGAGCUACGGGGAUCUUUCGGUGUUCUACUACCGUCUUCAGCAUAUUGAAUUAGCUCUCAAGUAUGUCAACCGUGCCUUGUACCUUCUUUAUUUCACAUGUGGGCUUUCUCACCCGAACACAGCAGCUACGUACAUAAAUGUAGCUAUGAUGGAAGAGGGCAUGGGAAAUGUUCAUGUUGCUCUCAGAUAUCUGCACGAAGCUCUUAAGUGCAACCAAAGGCUAUUAGGAGCAGACCACAUACAGACUGCUGCUAGCUACCACGCCAUCGCUAUAGCUCUUUCAUUGAUGGAAGCGUAUACCCUCAGCGUACAACAUGAACAAACUACAUUGCAAAUUCUUCAGGCUAAACUGGGAGCAGAGGAUCUUCGUACUCAGGAUGCUGCUGCAUGGCUUGAAUAUUUUGAGUCGAAAGCCUUAGAACAACAAGAAGCAGCACGUAACGGAACUCCGAGACCAGAUGCAACCAUUGCCAGCAAAGGUCACCUGAGUGUGUCAGAUCUCCUCGAUUUUAUAAGUCCAGAUCAGGAGUCGAAGGCUGCAGACGCUCAGAGGAAGCGCCGUUCAAAGGUUUCUCCAGUUGGUGAUAAAUCCCCUGCAGAACUGCCCGAAGAAAAGAGUGGGAAUACCAUUAACACUGGAGGUACAGAAAUCAGUGCUACAGUGGAGGAAACUAGCAGCAAAGAGGAUAAAGUAGAUACUAAAUCCUUUCGAGAAGUAUCCAAGGAGACUGAAGCCCGAUAUAAGAGUCCAAUUUCCGAAGAAAUCAUCCAAGAAGUAAAGUCAGAAGAAGGGUGGCAAGAAGCAACUUCUAAAGGGCGGUCAGGAAAUGGAGCUUCUAGAAAGUCCAACAGAAAGCGUCCAAAUCUUGCCAAAUUAAAUAUAAACGCCACGUACUCGCACUAUAAGGACAGCGGUUACAGAAAGGAGGCUGUUUCUCAGGGACAACAACAUAAGCCCGCAUCAAAGACGGUGUCUGCCGAAGUGACUCUCGUGAAACAACCUGGUACUCUAAGCUUAGCUAACACCGACGAUUCAACAAAAGUGCCUGCGAAGAUUACAGUGUCCAAAGUUUCUCUCAAUGCAUUAGCUUCCAAGUCACUGUCGUACAAAGAAGUAGCAGUGGCUGCACCUGGUACGGUUCUCAAGCCCUUACUGGAGAAAGCCGAAGAAUUAAGUGACGAAAAAGAUGAUAACCCGAUAUGCAAUAGUCCCAAAACGACAACUCAGCAAGACAAUGUUGCAAAUGGAGACAGUGAAGGUGAUAUUCACGACACUGGAUCUGAGUUGCCUCGUUCUCAAUCGGAAAUUUCAAAUUCGAGUAACGAAGAGAAGCUUCUAGAAACAAACGGAAGCAAACUCUCAGCCGCUGCACAGCCAUUCAGUCCAGUUGCAGUUGUGUAUGAUGUGAUAGCCAGCCAAGGCACACUAACCGAACCUGUUCAAUUCCCAUCGGUUACUGCACGAGUCCCUUGUGGUCCUAGAUCGCCUAUGUAUUAUCGAACGAGCCAUACUUUCCGAAUGAGACCUGCCUUCCUGAAUUACCAAAUUCCCGUUUCGGAAAGAAAUGGAAAUGGUUUUGUCUCUCCAAAAACGAUGAAUCCUCAUGCACCAGAAUAUGUUCCGAGAAAAGCAUGGCAAGUGAAUGCGGUUACCGAAGAUUCAAAACCUGCUAAUGAAUCUGAUUCUUCUACAGAUUCUGAUUCUGUGGUUCCUAUUAGUUCUGGAGGUGAGAAACGUAAUAGGAAAAUUACGAGUGAUGUUCGAGGGGAGAGAUCCAAGAGAACCACCAGUACCGAUGCAGAGAAAGCCGAGCUGGCGAGGCAAAUACUACUGAGUUUCAUAGUGAAAUCGGUGCAGAAUACUUCGGAUUCCCCAAAUGCAGUGCCGGUUAAUGAAAAGAAGUAUGAAUCUUCGAGCAAUUCCGCCGAAGCAAUUGCAAACGACAGUGCAAUAAUCAAGAUUUUUUACGGGAAUGAUGAGAAGACAGCGUCAAAUUCCGAGACCAAUAGCCAGAAAACGGUGGAUUCAAAUAAAAACAAGAAUCGAGAUGGGGAAGGAUUUGUGCUCGUCACGAAACGGAGAAGAAACAAGCAGCAAUUCACAAACGGCGUGAACGGACUGUACAGUCAACAACAAUCAAUCUGUGCUUCAGUACGUUGAAGAGAGAGACAGAGAGAGCAUCUUCUAUCCUUCUCAUUCAUGAAGAUAUUUCAAAAAGGGCAUAAAAAUGUUCAAGAAUGAAGUCUAUGCCACCUCAUAUGCUCUCAACUAUACGCAAUCCUCAUAAUCGAUGAAAUUGCAUGCAUGACAGAGAGUUUGCUCGGUAGAAAGAUUUUUGUUCACCGAUUCCUUGAUUGUUUUUUCGCCUUUUGAAGUUCGGAUUUUAGUCCUUUUUGAAGCUUUCCAGCUUUACCUAACUUGAUGAAAGAUUCAUCAGAAAUGCAUAUUCUUUUUUUUCUGUAGUAUGAAAUAAAUAUUAUGUUGAACAGUACUUUUUUCCCUUUAGUAUUUGAUUUCAUGAGUAAAUAAAGGAAAUGAAUUUGACCUCUG